AUGAACAUUGUCCCUGAGGUUGCUUUAGCAGCAAUAGGUGUGUCUAUUUUCAAACCAUACUUUGACCAGGCAAAUGAAUUGGUCAAUUAUACUUUCAUCGAUGAGAUCUUUCAUGUGAAUCAAGUAAAGGAGUAUUGGAAUGGAAACUUUGAUUCAUGGGAUCCGAAGAUCACCACGCCCCCGGGUCUAUAUUAUCUGGCAGUUUGGUGGCUCAGACUCACGGGAUUGGAGCUCUCGAUUGCUAACUUAAGAUUGCUCAAUUUUGUUGGUGGUGUGCUCCUUAUCAUUACCACACUCGUCGUCAAGAAAUAUCACAACCCUGGUCUUUCAGCUCUGUCUCUAUUUUCCUCUCCAUUGCUGACAAUUUAUUACUCUCUGUUUUAUACCGACAUUUGGUCUACGCUCCUCGUCGUCCAGUCAUAUGUUGUCACAGCCUGUUGGAAACCCACCUUGACGUCAGCCGCAACGUCCUGUUUAAUCGGCUCGAUCAGUCUAUUGUUCCGACAAACUAACAUAGUCUGGCUAGCAUUUGCACUAGCCGUUAUCGUGGACAAGCUGGCAAAGGAUAACUAUCGCAAUAUUUUGCAAUACGAUAUGGGUGUCUUUGUCCGAAAGGCGUUUGCUAACUGGAGGAUAGUUACUCCUUACGCAAUGGUUCUCAUCGCAUUCAUAAAUUUUGUUAUCAGUAACGGAGGUAUAACUAUGGGCGACAAGGAGAACCAUGUUAUUAAACAACUCGACGGUACUAUUCAUCACAUUCGUGAUUUGUGUGGCUCUCACUGUCGCCCCGACUCCAUUGUUCGAGCCGCGGUAUUUCAUUCUACCACUGUUGUACUGGAGACUCCAAGUUCGGCCAGUGGCUGA